GAAAAAUAAGUAAUAAUAAUGAACUUCAAAUUGCAUCACAGAAGGUCGAUAGUGUUCUUCUAUCAAGCUACGCCCCCCGGUUCAGUUUACAAUACACUUGUACAGAAGUCAUACUUAUGUCCACACACGCGUUAUCCCAGGAAGCAAACAAUCAUGUCCGCUAAAGAUCAUACCAAGCUGUCGCGUGAGAAAUGCGAGCGGCUCUGGCGAACUGCGCAGGCCGUAUGCUUCGAUGUAGAUUGCACAGUGACCAAAGAAGAUGCACUGGAUAGUCUGGGCCGCUUUCUAGGUGUUGGGGAUCAAGUGGCCGACCUUACCAACGCCGCAAUGGAUGGCAACUUAGACUUGGACGAGGCUCUACAGAAACGUCUAGAUAUCAUGAACCCAACUAUAGAUAAACUGAUCGCAUAUGCCAAGUCAAAUCCGGCCGAAGAGCGAUUAGUGCCUGGAAUCAGACGAUUGAUUACCGAAUUACAGGCGCGAAAUGUGGAGGUGUUUCUGAUCUCUGGCGGAUUCCGUGAGCUUAUCUUGCCGGUUGCCGACGCACUGAAUAUUCCGCGUGAGAAUAUAUUUGCUAACAGGUUUGUGUACAUGGCGAGUGAUAAGGUAGGUCCAAAUGGAUACCCGGAGAUACACGCCAAAGGGUUUGAUGCGAAUGAGCCCACCAGUCGCGAGGGUGGCAAACCCGAGGCAAUCAGACGCAUCCGCACACUGAACCCGUAUAAUACUAUUGUUAUGGUAGGUGAUGGUAUAACCGAUUUGGAGGCCGUUGAACAGACUGGAGGUGCUGAUAUGUUUGUAGGAUACGGUGGUGUUGUGGAGCGGUCGUAUGUCAAAGAGAACGCUGACUGGUGGAUUACGUCACAUGACGAGCUAACAGAUGCCAUACCGAAACUAAAGGUGGCCAUGGUUGGCUCGGGUGCGUGGGCGUGUGCGGCGAUGCAGAUGGUGAGCAAGAAUGCUCGGGAAACCCCCUUGUUUGACAAGAGGGUGGAUAUGUGGGUGUUUGAGGAGGACUACGAGGGGGGUAAGCUGACAGACAAGAUGAACGAAUUGAAAGAAAAUCCAAAGUAUAUGCCCGGUGUCAAGUAUGGAGACAACGUGGUGGCCAAUCCAGAUCUGGUGGAUACAGUCAAGGACGCAGAUAUCCUCAUAUUCUGCACUCCGCACCAGUUUGUACACAAGCUGUGCAUGCAAAUACAACUCAACAUCAAGGACAACUGUAUCGCCAUAUCGCUGAUCAAGGGCAUGCGAGUGCGGCACGACGGCCCGCAAUUAAUCUCAACCAUGGUCAGACGCAUACUACACAUGGAGUGCAGUGUGUUGAUGGGGGCCAACAUAGCAACCGAGCUGGCCCCGGGAACUCUGUGCGAGGGGACGGUAGCGUCGCACUUUCCCGAACACGGGACCAUCUUUAAGAGCCUGUUCGACACAUCCUUCUACAAUGUCAACGUGAUCAAUGAUGUGGAAGGCGCUGAGCUGGCCGGUACGCUCAAGAACGUCGUAGCGGUGGCAGCCGGGUUUGUGGACGGGUGUGAAUUGGGCCACAAUGCCAAGGCGGCGGUGCUCAGGCAGGGGCUGAGUGAGAUGCGUACCUUUGCCAAGCGUAUAUUCUCGACGGUGCGUGAUGAGACCUUCAACGAGUCCUGUGGUAUGGCGGAUCUGUUUGCCACGUGUUGCGGCGGACGCAACCGCAUGGUAUCUAUGGCAUUUGCGAAGUGCAAGGGCCAGAAGACUUUCGACCAGCUCGAAAGCGAGCUGCUCAACGGCCAGAAGCUGCAGGGUGUCCUGACCUCAAAUGAGGUGCAGGCGGUCCUAAAAAUGAAGGGCUGGGAGAAAGACUUCCCGCUAUUCACGGCCGUGAAUGCGAUUGUUCAGGGCAUGUACGAGCCCAAGGACAUUGCGCGCUACAGAGACUUGGCGGCCAAACCGGUGGUGGACGAAACCUUUGUCAACACCACACGUCGGAAGUCCUUGUUAGAGGAGAAGCUGAUGGACGUUCACUUCUAGAAGGCUAGCUAGCAGUAGGUCUCCGGGAAAUGCACUGGUGUACUAUGGUGUUGCCGUAUUUGCCCUGAACAGAACACUUGUAGAGUGAGUACUGCGUAUGGUUAUGGGGCUUUGUCUUCGUAUGCGGCGAUAUACACUUCGGCCGGAUAAGCAUUCGCAAGGGUAGCGCUGGUGCCAUGGGCCCUACACAUGACUCGUACCUGGCGACGGCAUCACACAGCAGUGUGGAUGUGAGUGGCGAAUGGGUUAGUAGUGCACAUGAUCCAUUGCGUAUACCCAUUGCCUUAUAGGGCAUAGGAGUGGCGUGUAUGUACUGACCUGUAGCACUAAUGUUCACACGCACCUCGUCGAACGUCAGGUAGUCGUAGGCGUAGAGCUGUCACCAGAUGAAGACUGCACUUACAUACACUACACAGUUGCAUACGAUGCGAAUGCGUGCAUAUCGCUGCUGGAGUACUUGCUGACUGUCAUCGAAUGGCUGCGAAAGGGUCGGAUGAUGAAAAUAAAAGGCUGCUAUAUCAUGUA